AUGUCCCCGGCCCGCCCCCGGCCCUGGGUGGGGCUGCCCCGUCCCCAACCCCGCCCGCCCCGCCGCGGUCUCGCCUCCGCCCGGCUCUGGCUGUGCUGUCAGUGGCGCUGCUGGGCGGGCAUCAGUGCCUGGGGCUGGGGCAGCAUCGCCGCCCCUUGGCUCCGCCUGGCCCGAGCCCGGCCCCGGCCCCGCCGCAGGGCCUGGCCCUGGCCCCGGCCCCGGCUCCUCCCGGGCCCCGCGGAGGACACACGCGGCACGGCCGCUCCCGCCGCCUCCGCCGCGGCUUCUCCGGCCCGAGCUCCGCCGCUCGGCAGCGCAGCCGCCAGCCCCGAGCCUCCCGAGUCCCGUUCCCGAGACCGAAGGCCUGGGGAUGGCCGGCCCGAGGCGGUUGAGGGGCGCUCGGGGGCCGCUCCUGGCCCCGGGCCGAGCGCUGACAGCCGCGUCCCGCCCGCAGGGAAGGCGCAGGAGGCGCUGCAGCAGCGGUACCGAGUGGGUUCGCUGCUGGGGCGCGGCGGCUUCGGCAGCGUCUUCGCAGCCACGCGGCUCUCGGACGGUGCCCCGGUGAGCGGCGGGGCCGGCGGCGGGUGCAGGAGGAGGAGAAGGAGGAGGAGGAAGGACAUGGUGUCCACUGGCUUCCCUGUUGUGGUCCAGCUGCUGGAGUGGCUUGAGCUCCCCAACAACAUCGUGAUGGUGCUGGGGCGGCCACAGCAGUCUCAGGACCUCCUGCAUUUCAUUCGGGCACGGAGGUUCCUGUCUGAAGAGGUGGCACGGCAGCUGUUCCGCCAGGUGCUGGAGGCCGUGCGGCACUGCACCAGCCGCAGGGUCCUGCACCGUGACAUCAAACCAGAGAACAUCCUGGUUGACCUGGCCACUGGCCAGGCAAAAUUGAUUGACUUUGGCUGUGGCACCUACCUGCAAGACACAGCCUACACUCACUUUGCAGGAACACUUUCAUACAGCCCCCCGGAAUGGACCCACUUGGGCUGGUACUAUGGAGAGGCAGCAACGAUCUGGUCCCUGGGCAUCCUGCUGCACCAGAUGGUCUGCGGGCAGCACCCUUUCAGGAGGGGCCGGAAGAUCAGCUGGGACCAUCAGCUCUCGCUGCCACAGCGGCUCUCUCCAGAGUGCCAAGAUCUUAUCAGGGGGUGUUUAUCCAUGCACUUCUUGGACAGACCUUCCUUAGAAGACCUGUUCUGUGAACCUUGGAUACAGGAUAUUCACCUGCCGUAGAAGAAGGGAGAGAGCCACAUGCACACUUUGCUGCAGGGCCCUGCUGGGGCCCUGGGCAGAACCCUGACAGCCUGGUCUGACCCCCAGGGAAGGAGAAGGAGCCCCUGGAGAAGCUGUACCAGGUGGGGCUGCUGCUGCUGGAGACAGUGAGGAUGACAUCAAGGAUGACAAACUCUUCCUCAAGUUGGCCACUGGCAGCUGAAGAUGAUGGACUUCUGGCACUGUCUUCAAAGCCAGGCUCCACAGCGAAUUUGCAGAUGAGUCCACAGCCGGGGAAAUGCUCCCAGAUUUGGGCAUUGCUCAGACUGGCUGGGAACAAAAGGUUCCCCCUGUGCUGGGGCAGAUGCAA